AAAUCCAAGGGGCGACGGAGUUGUACAUUUUUCCGUGUUAAAUAGGUUAAUGAAUCAGCAACGUAUAAAGUGCCGUUAAAACAUGUUUGUUUAGUUCCCUAUAGCUUUAUUUUAAGUUAGUUCUUUAUUUCAUUGUGUAAUAACCACGUUUUAAGCGCUCGGUGCACGAGCACAAUUAAAAUGGCGACUGACCCAACGAAAAACCGCAUGCAAGUUUUUAAGAACACAGGCAAAGAUGUCGACGAAAUGCGCAGGCGGAGAAACGAAGUGACAGUCGAGCUGAGGAAGAAUAAAAGAGAGGAAACCCUUCAAAAACGGCGCAAUGUGCCCAUCAGUGACUCGACAGACGAGGACGAGAUCGAGAGAACGUUGGCGUCGACAGACUUGAAGGAGCUAGUGAUGAACGCGGCAAACGGCGAAAACCCCGAAGUACAGCUCGCGGCUGUGCAGCAGUGCCGCAAGCUGCUCUCGUCAGACAAGAACCCGCCGAUCGACGAGCUCAUCGCCACAGGCAUCCUGCCCGUGCUCGUGCUAUGCCUGUCGCGCGCCGACAACCCGACGCUGCAGUUCGAGGCGGCCUGGGCGCUCACCAACAUCGCCUCGGGCACCUCCGCGCAGACUAACAAAGUCGUCCACGCUGGCGCCGUACCCUGCUUCCUCCAACUCCUGAUGUCCCCACAUGAGAAUGUCUGUGAACAAGCCGUAUGGGCGCUGGGAAACAUCAUUGGUGAUGGCCCAGUGCUCCGAGACUUUGUUAUCGACUUAGGAAUGGUGCAGCCUCUCCUGAGCUUUAUCAAACCUGAUAUCCCUAUUUCGUUCCUGCGUAAUGUCACCUGGGUGAUUGUGAACCUGUGCAGGAGUAAGGACCCGCCACCGCCAGUCAAGACCAUCCAGGAGAUCCUCCCCGCACUCAACGUACUCAUCAUGCAUAGCGACAUUAAUGUUCUAGUAGACACAGUAUGGGCCAUCAGCUACCUAACGGACGGCGGCAACGACCAGAUCCAGAUGGUGAUCGAGUCCGGCAUCGUGCCCAAGCUGAUCCCGCUGCUGUCGCACAAGGAGGUGAAGGUGCAGACGGCGGCGCUGCGGGCCGUGGGCAACAUCGUGACGGGCACGGACGAGCAGACGCAGGUCGUGCUGAACUGCGACGCGCUCUCGCACUUCCCUGCGCUACUCUCACACCAGAAAGAAAAGAUAUGCAAAGAAGCAGUAUGGUUCCUAUCUAACAUCACAGCGGGCAACAAGAAGCAAGUCCAAGCGGUGAUCGACGCCGGGCUGCUCCCGAAGAUCAUCGAGAACCUCAGCAAGGGAGAGUUCCAGACGCAAAAGGAGGCGGCCUGGGCCGUGUCCAACCUGAGCAUCAGCGGGACCAAGGAGCAGGUUUCUACGCUCAUCCAGUGUGGGGUCAUACCGCCUUUCUGCAAUCUUCUCAGUUGCAAGGACACGCAAGUUAUCAAUGUGGUGCUCGACGGCCUCAGCAACAUGCUGAAAAUGGCUGGCGAAGGCGCUGUAGAAGUGGCCAAUCUCAUUGAGGAGUGCGGAGGCUUGGACCGCAUCGAGGCCCUACAGAGCCACGAGAAGAAUGAGAUCUACAAGAUGGCCUAUGAUAUCAUUGAGCAAUACUUUGCUGACGAGGAGGAGGACGCGACGCUGGUGCCGGCGGCGGCGGACGGCGGCUUCACGUUCGACCCGGCGCAGGGCGGCGCGCACGACGGCUUCCACUUCUAGGCGGCGCCGCCCCGCCGCCCCCGCCGCCGCGUCCACGCCCCCGCCCCGCCCCGCCCGGCGCGCUGCACGAGUACUGUCACAUGUCACACGAGCUGGAGCUUGAUCAGAGAUCGCCCAAAUGGAGGCUGGCUGAGAUAUGUGUAGCUAGCAUCAAAUAUAAACGUCAUGUCAUUGAAAUUAACAUAAAUGAUGACACUGCCACACUUCAUUGCAAAUGCUUUGCGUCCUUAUUUCGAUAACAAAGCUACAAUAUACAUGACCACUGACUGUCAAUAUGUAUUUGAUGCUAGUUGUACGUACAUUUAUUGCGUCGUGCUCUGAGCAAAAACAGUGUCAAAUUGUUUAGAGGCAGUUUUUGCUCGCCUUCGAACUCCUUUGAGACACGACGACUAAUACCAUCACAACAGAAUAUUUCAUCCCGUGAUUUUUAACUCCGAAACAUAAUUUAGAUACGAGUUUAUAUCCACAGGAAGCUUGGCCCACGACAAAAAUCCAUGAAUCUCAUGUGAUACAAGCUACACCCUGACGCACAUGUGACUCACCAGAGUUGUGACUUUUUUUGUAAUCGUAACUUGAAUUUUAUAAUGACGCUUUAUGGAACGGGGGCCGGGGUCGAACGAAUACAAAAAAGUCUCACAAGUCGUAAUAAGACUAAAUGCUUGUAUAUAAGUCUAGGAAUGACGUUUUGAUUUAAUCCCAAAGCCUUUGCUAUAUGACACGAUUGACGAAUGAAAGUAAUGCUCUCUCAGUCCCACAUAGCGGCGUCCCUUUCGGUCCUGAUCGUGUCAUUUAGCACGCUUAAAUAACUAAAAACCCUAAGUAAUCGUGAACGUAGCUUUAGUUCAAUUUUUAAACAACUUCCCUGUUGACGUUAAAUAUUUGUGUAGUUAUAAAUACGUAUACAUUUUUCAUCUUGUCUUCAACUUGAGAUCAAUAAGUCUAGCUUUCCUUUGGGUUGGAAUGUCAGAUGGCAGUCGCAUCCUUACAAACUUGUCCUUGUCUAACGCCAAAAACUUAAAAAUGGAAUUUUAAAAAUGUAUACAAUAUUUUAUAGCUUAUACACACGUGAUUUAAAAGUAAAUAGGCGGGUCCACAGAGCGAGCAUACGCGCGAGGCAAUUUCCUCGCUAGCAAAACGGCUAGUGUAGACGUGCCUCGGGAGGAAAUUGCCUCGCGCGUAUGCUCACUCUGUGUGGACCCGCCUAAUAGGUAAUUUUUUACAAUGAUUUAAUGUAUGUAUUUAGCAGGGAGGUUGUUCAGAUGCUCGUGCCUUCGUCCAUCGUCGCAGGCAGCCAUUAUAGCGUUUUAUGGACGGUGGUAUCCGUUUGUUUGAUGCCACAAUAUUUUGAUUGUAUAACGUUAAGGUACAGUCAGCUACGGCUAAAAUUAGAGGCAUAUGGAAUUUAGAUAUUUUUGUUGAUUUGGAUGUAUAUUUUGACCUAACUAUACAAUAAAAGAAAAUUCAAAACAAUACUUCAAUUUACUUGUUAACGAAGUAUCCGUUACUUUUUUGAAACAAUUGUUUCCAAAUAUUUUUAUGUUUAUCUUAGAACGUAAUACUUUUUUUUCUAAGUAUUAUGUUCUGUAUUUUGAAAGAAGGGCGUCAGACAAACUACCACAGCAUCUUAUGCCAAAAUCAUCAACGAUAUACUUACAUAAUAUAUUAAAUGUCAAACCAAUAGACAAAAAAAA